AUGGCUACUUCAGCUGCUGCACAUACCCUUCUGAACGUACUAGACCAAUCAGACACCUCUGUGGCGGCCAAUACAGCUGCCCAAACUUCCUCAGCACCCAACGCCGAAUCCGAGCUCUCAUUAGUCCCCCCCUCUGCGCAUACCACACCAAGGUCUACGCGCAGUAGAAAAACGAGAGGUUCACAUAAUACAGAGGUGGUUGAGAAACAAGCACCCAAGCGUCCGAAGCCACCUCCGAAGCCGUCCGCACCAAAAUCCAGAGUCCUACCCUCACCCCCUACCCGAUCAACAACCACUGAACCGAUCACCCUCAAGUCUUCAGAUAAAUUGUUGAGGGACUAUGAAAAGAAUGGAUGA